CAGGCAGUUAAAAGCCCGGGCAGGAGCAGGGUGUGCAGCUCUGCCUCCGGAAGGCAGCGCAGCCUUCAUCCCCCGCAGCAUCCCCCGCAGCCCGGAGCGAGGGGAGGAGGAGAGGGCACUUUGCCCAGACAGUUUUAGCUCUGCACUUAGCGUGGAGCCAGGGGAGAGGCGAAGGGAGGGAGGAGGAAGCCCCGCGGAGGUGGAAGAGAAAGAAAAGCCGUAGCAUUCUGCUCCCUUCCCCCGUCUCUGAAGAGGAGGAGCGGGAGGGGAGCUCCGAAGCCACUUUGGGCGCCGCUGCGUGAGGGGCUCCGUGCGGAGCAUCCUCCUCGCCGCUUGGAAUCCAGGUGCGCUCCCAGCUCUCCCGAGGAGGAUUCCUCCCCUUCCCGAUACGAGUGCUGCCACCUCCGUGGCGCUUCAGCUCAGCCUCUGCGCAGUGGUACCCUCUGGUGAGUGAAGAUUUGAUUACCUGCAGCCUCUCAUCUUGGCCAAAAUGGUUGUCUGCUUCAAGGAAGGGGUUUCAUUUGGAGUAGGGAUAAUAUAAACACACCCAUUACAUUUUGGUUCAGUUAACUCUUACUGGAUGUCAGCACUUGUAUUUUACUAGCGCCUGCCAUCAAGAAGAGCAUCCUUCCUUGGCUCAGAGGAUAGGUUCCCUGCAACAGGAUAAUGACAAAGCAUGUCUGUCCUCCAGCCUUCUUACCGCAGACUUCUUGCCUCUUAACUGCACCUUAGCAGCACACAUAGGACAUCGUCUUGUCACCACCCUGAAAGGCAAGUAUCUGUUGAACAGUGAUUCAACAACAGAGCAACAGCAGUUGUUUCAGGAUCUCGCAAAGCACUCAUGCAUUUGAGUUAUGACCAGCGUGCUGGUAAAGAUGUAUGUGGCAAUGGAGUGGAAGUAAAGGAGUGAACUUCACAAAGGAGGCAAGGAGAGAUACUAUGCAAAGAAGAAACAGAGGAGCCUGAGAAGAGACAGGGAUGAAGGCCUGAAGGAUUGGGCUGGAAAAGAAAAACAUGAAGGUAUUCCCUUCUGGAGGUCCCCAAAGUGAAGGAAAAAUUCUGAAAUGCAGAAAGGCUUAUUUGCUGCCGCAAAUGGGAAUCUGGAAUAACUAUGAAAAACACACUGAAAUAAUUGUGUUUGACUGGAACAAAAUUCUUGCAAAGUCCCCAAGGAUGAGAUUCUGUGCCAAAUCAAUGCUCCUAUCUGACUGGCUCUUUCUGGUCUAUGUGUUAAUGGUCUGCUGUAAAUUGUUGUCCGCCUCUAGCCAUCAUCCCCGGGGACACACAGGCCAGCACCAGGUCAAGCAAGGGACAUGUGAAGUUGUGGCCGUGCAUCGUUGCUGCAAUAAGAACCGGAUUGAAGAACGAUCACAAACAGUCAAGUGCUCCUGCUUUCCGGGGCAGGUGGCUGGUACGACAAGGGCUCAGCCCUCAUGCGUGGAAGCUUCCAUUGUCCUACAGAAAUGGUGGUGUCAUAUGAACCCUUGUUUGGAUGGAGAGGACUGUAAAGUACUACCAGACUAUUCAGGUAACACGGUAGCAAAGAAUAAACCUGUGGGUCACUACUAGAACAAUGGCAUGUGCAACUGUUACUUGGCUGUUACACAGAGACCCUGUUUUGUGAUGAUGCUAUUGACUUAAUUCUUUGAACUUGCAAAAUGAGUCAGCAAAAAGGACGUUACUUCUCGUUUCAAUUGUGACUGCAGUUCCUGAACUUGGAUUUUGCUAUACGGAAUGGUACAUUUCAAUUUGACAAGAAAAAGCAAGAAUGUUUAGUUCUACCUAUAAUGUACCUUGGAUUCCCAAGGAUGUGACACUUGGCAGAAAUUAAUGGAAGAACACACUUGAACUUCUGCAGUUCAUCAAGAAUAAGACUUUCUUAAUGACACAAAGAUAUGUAAAAUUGCUUUAAAUGAGUUUGGGUCAUGAAUGUAACCUAGGGGGUCAUAGAAACAAAAUGUUUAUGUUAGAACCAAUAUAGAUGAUCGUAAAGGUCUUUUCCAACCUAAAUGAUUCUAUGAUUCUACGAGUUGGCCUGAGGUACUUCUCACAUACAGUACAACAUGGCAUUGGGAUCAGCUUUGCAUUUUUAAGUGAGUUGACAGGACAGUGUUAGUAAAUUAUGUCUUAGUGUAUUUUCAACUGUGAUUUAGUAACUAUCAAGGUUGUAUGAAGGUGAAAAGAUGGAACUUAGAAAUCAGUAGCAAUUAUUGUAGGACAUACUUUGGUUAUAUCUGUACAAUUAAAUUUAUUUCCUUAGCUAGUUCUAGGUAGUUUAACUUUUACAUUCAUCAGCAAUGGCAGGAAAGCAUGAGGAAGAGAGAAAAUUUGAAAGUAGACAUAGUUUUUCUUGUCCUAAAUUAAAUCCCAUUCUCUAGGGGAGAAGCAAAGUAUAUGUAUUCCUUGCCUCUUUGAAUCUAGAUAUGGAAAAGAAUUUAGCCAUUAGCUAGAAAUAUUCAUUCAGAUGCCUAAAAAAAAGGAGAGCAUACUUGUAUUGCAUAAAGAAGGCUUGCUGGAAGGAGGGUAAUUUGUUUGGAUUUUCAUAGCUUUGGUUAUAUCCUAAUAGGUAACAUACUUAAAAUUCAAAAGCAAAAUUCCAGUUAAAAGUGAAUCUUCACUUUCAAUUAGCUCUUCUUUGGAAUGAUUAUAAUAAUUAAAUGUCCAGUUUCUUGACAGACUGAAUUUCCAAGUGGUUACAUUUUGUGACACAUAAUUGUUCCAUAUUAUUGUAAAUGCAUCUCAUACUGUUUUUCUUAUUUGCCUGUUACAGUCCUUUGUCAUCAGUCUUCGUAGAUAGAACCAUAAAUAGAGGUGAAGCUGUAUUCAGUCUGUUCCCCAUUACAUCAUUUUGUGACUUAAGAUGCAUUGAAACAGACUAAAAUGCAAUGAUGCAGAUGGCUAUCAUGCAGAUGAAUUGCUGCUGACCUGGCUGCUGAAUUCAUUGUUAUGCUGUACGUAAAUAUUAGGGUAACAAUGUAUAUCUAAUUUUUAUAUAGACAGAAAAACAACAAAAAAAUAUAAUUGAGUGUGUUCUAUUCAUUUAGGUCAUUAUGCAUAAGCUUUCUAGUUUAUGGGAAAGAUAGCAUCAGCAAUGUGAAGCUGUUUAGAGUAACAAUUAUUAGCUUUUGGUUUGCUGGAGAGAAUAGGAGUAUCCAGCCAGGUAAUUCCGUUCAAAGUCAGUGGUGGGACGAUCUGGCCCUGUGCUUUCUGGUUUUGACGUGUCUGGUUUAAUUCACUUUCAAUUAUGUAUUUGAUUACAGCUGGGAUCAUAGUGGUCAUUGUACUUGGUGAUAAGUGAACAAGAGAUUUUCUGCUCUGUGCUCGGACAGCUGAACAGUUAAUAGACUGCUUGCUCUAAUGAGCUCUACAUUCCUAAUAUUUUUCCAUUGUUUUGAUUUUUCUGAUUAAAUUUUAAAAUUACCUUUAUUUCUACUGUUUAUGUGCAUAUGUGUAUUCAACAGUAUCAUCAGUGAAGAUCAUUUUCAUUUACUAUUUGUACAAUGGUGACCCAUAACUAGCAUAUAUUUAUUUAGUUUGGUAAGUACUUGUCAUAGUUUAGCUCUCAGCUAAACUGUACGCAGCCACUCUUUCACACGCAUGGCCCUGGUAGGAUGGAGGGGAGAACUGGAAAGGAAAACUUAAGGGUUGAAAUAAGGAUAGUUUUAAUAGAACAAUAAAAGGAUAAUAAUAUAUAUAAAAGAAUAUAUUAAAAUACAACUACUUGCUACCGGAUGAUUAGCCUGUCCUGAGCAGUGAUUUCAGCGAGCACAGUGAUAGUGGAAGCAGGACACCGUAUGCAGAGCCUAGGUCACCAAGCCACCCCCAGCCAAAUCCCAUUUUUAUACUGAGUGUGAUGCAAUGGUA